AUUCGCAUUAUCGUUUUUAGCAUCAGCUCUUCAUAUCUGCCUGAGAGUGGAGCGUUCAUACACUAUCAUGCCACGCCCACCAAUACGUUAUCGCCCAUCGUCGUCGAUGACGUCCGAACGACCGGCACACCUCCCCCAUCCGUCGGCCCCGUUCCAUCCUUUGGCGGAUACGACGACGUACAAGGACUUGUUGCUCUUUGAAGAGAGGUUGAAGAUGAACGCGCAGAUGCUGAAUAGGAGGCGGAGGAGGUAUGAAGCUUUUUUGGUCACGCUCGUCAUCUCGAUCGUCUUCCUCGCCCAUCGAGCAAUGUUCAAACCGAGCGAACUCCACCUAGUCCGAUACCUAACAAAAGGCCUCCUAGCAGUAGCCCUCGUCACCCUAGUCCUCUUCUUCGCAUCAGGGAUGUACCAAGAACGGAUAGCCUACGCGAACAAGUACGUGCCGCAUGCGAAUAGGGCGUUGAGGGGGAUCAAUAUGCACUUGAAUAUGAGGAGGGGGUAUGGCUAUGGGUAUGCGGGGCUUGGGAACGGGAAGGGAAUCGCGGGGAGGUUGAGGGGGUGGGUGGGGAGAGGGAGGAGGUCGGGGGAGUUGGGGACGGAGGGGGAGAAGGAGAGGUUGGUCGGUGGGAAUGGGGUGGGGGUGGGGACGAGAACGAACUCUUCGACAAUACCACCAUCCACAAACACAACAACCACCAUCUCACCAAAACCGCCUUCAACCUCCUCUUCCACAUCAUCAUCCAGCUCGGUCAUCCCACCCAUCCCCCCGACCCAGAAUCCACGAGGAGAACUCAUCUUCUCUUCCCGCAUCCCACCCCAUUUCAAAGAGGGCUACGAACGAUACCGAGCAGCGUUCGAGAGGAGACGGGGGGAAAAGAUACGGGAAGAGAGGUGGAGGAGGAGUUGGUUCUUUGUCAGGUGGUUCUUGGAGAUGCCCGAGGGGCUGGCGAGCGGGAGUGGGAAGUUGGGUGCGGGAACCGUUGCGGGUGUGGUGCAGGGACAAGGGAGGAAGGGAGGGUCGUUGGGCGUACGGAUGGAUGGAGGAGGACAACAACGUAGUCGGAGUCAUUCUCCCGCUAUCAAUUCCACCGCCUCCACCGUUUCUUCUUCCGCUUCCAACGCCAACUCCACGAUGACGACGAUGAACAACAAGGAAGGUGUACGACCGGGAGGACCAAAGAGGGUCGGUUCGGAACCUCUUGCCAGUAGGUCUGCGAACGGAGUCAGGACGGAAGUCUCGGACGAGGAAAAGGCUGGGAUUCACGACGAUGAUGAGAAGGCGGCGACGACGGCUAGGAUGAACAGGGAUCGGUCGGAGAGUUAUACGUUUAUACUCGGCAAGGGCGAGGCGGACAAGCAUACGAUGACGUCGGGUCGGGGUGGUGGUGGAGCAGGGAUAGGGACGGGGCAGAGGGAGGUGAUGGCAAGGUUGGACGAGGAGAAGCAGUAGAAGGGCGUCGUGUUGAGUAUAGAAUUUGUAUCUAAAGGAUUAAUCGAGG